UUUUCAAAGAGAAGUGAACCCGACCCGCUUUAACUGUCGGGUGAAAUGGAUGUACUAUCUAUGUGUCUGUCACUAUGGGUUGCCGUUGGUGCCUGCUAUCGAUUCACCAACAACAAUUCAGAUUCAUUCAUGCCUUCUCUUUUUCUAACUGGUUGAUAUGCGUAUGAUAGCUAAUUUCAGCAUGUACCCAAACACUGUGAUGAUUGGAGUUUCACACUCAAAUCGGAGCCAUUUCAAAUCCACUCAAUUUCCUGCAUAUACUACCUUUGAUAAUGUCAUUCUACCUGCAUACACAAACAUAAAUAAUGUUAUUGGAAGAAGAUUUGUACAUAAGACGUCAUCUGAAGUUCUCCUUGAAAGGGGAAGCAAUGUUGUCAGCAAUGGACAACUACCAAACUUCCCAUCAUCUUCAUAUGAAGCUGCCAUGGAGAAACUUUCAUCUCUUAUUACUCGCCAACGGCGUGGGGAGAAGCCACCCCUUCCUAAUAAAUUAGGAAGAAUGUCAAUGUAUCUCAAGAUCUUGGGUUUGGAAGAAGAUAUGAAUAGACUCAAAAUUAUUCACGUGGCAGGCACAAAGGGAAAGGGUUCAACAUGCAUAUUCUGUGAGGCAAUAUUAAGGGAAUGUGGCUUUCGCACUGGAGUUUUCACAUCCCCUCACCUAAUUGAUGUGCGUGAACGGUUUCGUAUAGAUGGGAUUGACAUAUCAGAAGAUAAGUUCUUAGAGUGUUUUUGGGAUUGUUGGAACCAAUUGGAGGAAAAAGCAACAGAGCAGCUUCCAAUGCCCCCACUUUUUCAGUUUCUUACUAUAUUGUCCUUCAAAAUAUUUACAUCUGAACAGGUUGAUGCGGCCAUUAUAGAAGUUGGUCUUGGAGGAACAGAAGACUCAACCAACGCGAUUAAAGAACCUACUGUGUGCGGCAUUACUUCAUUGGGAAUGGAUCAUACUGAGAUUUUAGGAGAUACUCUCGGACAGAUAGCUUCACACAAGGCAGGAAUUUUUAAGUUGAAAGCCCCUUCUCCCCCGCCUUCAUUUUCUUUCUUAUCUUCUGAAGAUUUGAUGUCUUCCAUGUUCCUGAAGCCUAAAGUUCCUGCCUUCACAGUACCCCAACCUCCUGAAGCAAUGGAUGUUAUCAUUGAGAGGGCCAAAGAACUCAUGGUUCCACUUGAAGUUACUGAGCCUUUAGAUUGUAAACAAAUGAAGGGAUUAACGCUUGGGUUAUCUGGUGAUCACCAAUUCUAUAAUGCUGCUCUUGCCGUCUCACUUUCUAGAUGCUGGCUUCAGAGAACAGGAAAUUGGGAAAAAGUUUGUCAAAAUGAUUUUCAGGAUUCUAAUUUGCCAGAUGACUUUAUUAGAGGCCUUUCAAGUACCCAUUUUUCUGGGAGGGCUCAAAUAGUUUGCGACUCUUCUCUAUAUUCCGACUGCUCAGAAAUUAUGUCUGAAAAUUGUGGAGAGUUGAUAUUUUAUUUGGAUGGAGCUCAUAGUCCAGAGAGCAUAGAUGCUUGUGCUAAGUGGUUCUCCAAUGCCGUAAAGGGAUAUAAAAAUCCAUCACAUUUGUCUAUUAGUGUAGAAAAUACAGAAGAAUCAUCAGAAAAUGGUCACUUUCUACAUGAAAGCAAGGCCUUGGGGCAGUUUGAGAAUUCUUCUAGGCUGAUUCUUCUAUUCAAUUGCUUAGAUGUGAGAAAUCCUAACAUUUUGCUUCCACGGCUAGUUAAUGGAUGUUCUUCGUCAGGUAUUCAUUUCUCAAGAGCACUUUUUGUUCCGAGUAUGUCAAAGUAUACUAAGGUUACUUCUGGUGCAUCGGUUAUUCCUUCUGAUCUCAGUGGGAUAGAACUAUCAUGGCAAUUUAAUUUACAAAGAAUAUGGGAGAAGAUUGUGCAUGGGAAGGAAAUGACCACUUUGCUUGAAAAGGAUUUCAAGGCAGAGAGCAAGCUGAUGUUACCACCUAAUGAAUUUCUUUAUGAUAAUCCUUCAAAGGGAUGUCCUUCCCAUAACUAUUUUCCAAGCAGUGCAGUAAUUCCUUCAUUGCCAUUGACAAUAAAAUGGUUGAGGGACUGCGUCAGAGAACACCCAUCAACAAGACUUCAGGUUCUUGUCACUGGAUCUCUGCAUUUGGUUGGAGAUGUACUAAAGCUCUUGAAAAGAUGAUUUAAAUUGAAGUUGACCUGUAUUGGCUUUGGAAACUCCUAUUGCAGCAAAAGUUGCCAUUAUUUUAAUCGUUUCAGAGACGAAAACCAGACGUAGUUUUCACGUGACUUCUGAAGGGUGUGCAAACUACGUUACACAAGUUGUGUAACUGGCAUUGUUAAACUUGAGAAAGUUUAGUACAGUAUAUGAUAGUCGACGGAGGGACUCGAGUCGCAAAAUUCACUGUACACUAUCACCAUGCUAUGUGCAUACCUUCAAAUAAAUAUCUAUAGCACAAUAUAAACCAUCAUCAAAGACCUGUCAUACUCUAGAACAGCAGCUGCAAGAAUUUGAAGCUUGGGAAGUUUUACGUUAACAUCUGGAGCAACCUCUGCCAGGUAUUCGUCAAUCCGCCAAUCCGUAAAGAGAAUAUUGUAGGCAUUUGUGUAAUCCCUCAAACUAUAAACUUUCUAACUAUGUUAGAUAAUUUCAUCAUCAGUUUUAUAUAAUUGCACACUACAACCUUUUUAACUUUAACCAACGGAACAAUAGACAACAGCUAAAAAACUGUUGCCUAAAGUGGAUAUUAACUGCGUUUUAGCUUGGUUGCCGAAUUUCUAAUAAUAUGUUGAAAACCGUCCUUUUUAUAUUUUUUGCUACGUUUUUAGAAAUGUGGACAUAAAUAAAUUAACCGUUGCUUA